CAAAAGCUAGAAUUGGCCAAGAAAAUGCAGGAAGCUCUGGAAAACACAUAUUCUGAGGUUGUUGCACAGAGCCAAGAGCCCCUGACUAGAGAGCAGAAUUAUAAUGUGAGCCAUUUAGUUUGUGGACUUCCCAAAAAAGGGAGGACCAGGUGGAUGGGAGUUGGAGCUCAGAGGGUGUCUACACAAUUCCAGCCUCCGCCGAUUUCCACACCCUCGACUAUGCCAUCGGGGCCCUCUUACAUGCCGCAGGAGGAUUGCACUCAGCAGGCGAUGCAGCUUGUUUCCUCUGUGAUGAAUAUGUUAGAUGGUCAGAUUCCCGAGGAGAUGUGGGAGGAUAUUCAAGAGGAGCUUAUGCGAGUGAUCCAGCCUACUGCUACUUUUGCGAUGGUUUCUAGGCAAAUAAUGAAAUCUUGUAGAAGGCGGGUUCCUACUCGGGUGCAAAGCCAGAUUAUGAACUUCUUGGCCACUCAAAAGGCAUUUACUGGUAGUGGAGAGAGUAGCAGACAGGUAUACUUAUUAUAUAUGUAAAACAUGAUUACACACAAUAUUAUGUGAUUCUAAAUUUAAAUUAUUUUGU